UAGUUAAGUCGGUGUUAAAAUCCACUCGUUGUCACUCUGGAAGAGACAUACCGGUAGAUAUGGCAAGCGGUGCGAAUCCCAGUGCCAACAAAUGUUUGUUUGAUGACCACCUGUUACAGGCUAUUGGUAUCAAGAAGGACACGUCAGCGGGCAGAGAUGACUGCAGUUAUAUCGACAUGUUCGCCGGAAAGCAGGGACAAGCAACAUACAUUAAAAUGUUUGUCCCAGAGGAAGGUCUGUUUGAACCAAUGGAGAAACCAAAAUCUGGAGACUGGCUCAAAGAACAUACAGAACGUGGGCAGACUUUCAAACAAUUCAUUACUGGUUCCUACAGAAGCCCCGACAGUGUUCACAAGACCGUCUACUUGUUACCCAUGGUAUUCAAGGAGGAUCCAGUUCCGCCGGAAGUGAUCGCCCCCCUGGAGCGCUUCGCCGCAAUAUUCUUUGGUAUGCCAGCGAGCGUCAUGGCACCGGAAAGUUUUCUUGGUCGCGCGUCAGAUCGCGUGAACGCCGGGGUGUAUCAGGUACAUGCAGGGGAGCUCCUUGGAGCCAUGGGAAAGAACUUGAAGCGGGACGCGUUCUGCUGUGCCGGGAUAACCAUGGCGGAUUUAUACCCUCGGGAAAGCUGGAACUUUGUAUUCGGCCUCGCAAGCAGUGCUGGCAAUACCGGUGUAUAUUCUCUUGCUCGUUAUCUGUCAAACUUUGGUGAUCAUCAAUAUACGCGGAUAGACCUAACUAGAGACCCUUUGUCUGUGAUUCUAGUUCGAGCAUGCAAGACAAUGUGCCACGAGAUUGGUCACAUGUUCGGCAUUCGCCACUGCGUGCAUUUCAAGUGUCUAAUGAACGGCAGCAACCACCUGGCUGAAUCGGACGGACGACCGAACUUCUUGUGCCCGGUCUGCUUGCGGAAGUUGCAGCAUGCCUGCAGGUUCGACGUCGUGAAGCGCUACCGAGACAUGCGCGAGUUUUGGUCAGAGCAAAGGGUGCCUACACUGACGGACUGGCUGGAUAGAAGACUGUCCACGUUAACUUGUUGACGUACAUGUAGAUUUUCGCCAGUAAUCACCGAUAUAAAGCGGGCGCAGGAGUCGCAUGACUACGUGUAACCCAUUUAUGCCUAGUGGACUCUCCCAUCCUUCUAAAUUGGAUCAAUUGAUUUCCAAAAUUAGGGAUAUCUAGUAUAAUUAUUUCUAUAUUUUGAAUAUUUCUUACAUAAAUUUCUUUAAGCAAACAGCGCAGACCCUGAUGAGACGUCUCAUCUGGGUCCACGCUGUUUGCCAAGGCCUUUUUCUAGACGCUAGGCAUAAAUGGGUUAAUGUCAGUGUCAUAGUGCAACACUUUUCUGUCAAAAUUUGUCUAGGUGAACUCUCUUAUGAAUACGACAUAACAAAUGUUAUUUCUAUAACACGGUAUUUCGCGCACAAAAUCUACAUGGAUCCCUUCAAAGACAAAUGUUUGUUUUUUUAUGUCUAAGGUUAGAAUAUAUUAAAAUAUGGCAUGUACUAUCUCUAACUUCCUGUUCAGUUAUCUGUGUUCAAAACAUUUUCUCGUGCACAAGCCCAAAUAUAUGGUUUUAUUUAAAGUCAACGUCGUACAAAUAUUUGCUACCUUUUGUUGAUAUCGACUUUGUAUCUAUUUAAAGCAGUAUAUAUCAAGUAUGUUAUUUUGUAACUAGAUACGAAAUUGCUCGUAAAAUUGUGUUAAAUAUUCAUUUACUUUAAAUGCCUACUUUUGUAUAUUUUACACGUGUUUAUAAAUUAUGAUGUUUUCGUCACCCCUCAA